AUUUUUUAGAAACUAAGAUAAAAUCGCAUUAGCAACGAUAAAAACGGCUUCGUCCCUUCUUCCUCGGUUCCUUCCUCCAUCGUGAUUAGGGUUUUUUUAGGGUUUCAGUUGGCUCUCAUUUCUUAACCUACGCUUCACUUGUUUUUCAGGUUGUGUACAUAGUUAAUGAUGAGGCGGCAAGGGGGGCGAUAUGGUGAUCCGUCUGCCAAUACUUAUGUUGCUGCUCAGAUGCAUCAUCAUGUGGGUGGUGGUCAAAGGAUGGAAACCAAGCCUGAUGAUUUUGAGGGACGGCUAGAGGCCUUUACGCCCGAGCGAGAGAAUCCUUAUGCAAAUUCUAAGCCUGAGGGUCAGUGGAGAUGGGAAGUGGAUGAAUCAAAGAUGUCAAAUUCAAUGGCUUCUCGAAUGUAUAAUGAAGGUCAAGGGGGUGAUGCUUCAAGGUCCUAUUUUCAAGGGCAGAGACCUGAUCCUAAGUUGGCUUUGCAGAACCAGAGCAACAAUGAUUCCCGAUCCCAGGCUCAUGAAAAGGAUAUGGAUGUUGGAUAUGAAGGAAAUCAUUUAUCUCGGAGUUUUGAAGGUCUUGAACAGAGUUUUCAUGAUGACAUUAUUAAACUAGCCAAAGAACUGAAUGAUGCCGAAGAUGCAGAACAUGCUCGCCACAGAGAGAAAAUAAAUGCAAUCAAUACACAGUACGAGGAAAAACUGGCCGCACUCCGGGCCCUUCAUGCUAGUCGGAGAGCCGAAUUUCUUCAAAGGGAAUCGCAUGCGAGACAACAGAAGUACCAACAGAACAUAAGGGAUCCAUACCCCAGCAGCGCCAUGGCUUCUAGAGACCCUCAGGGUGGUUACAAUACUGUUAAUGCUUCAGCUGCUGGCGGAGAAGCACAGCGAGGAUAUUCUGCGGAACACUUCAUUCCUUACAGAGAGAGGGCUCGGUUUCUCGGUGGCUCCAGAGAUCAAGGAUUUGAGACUAGAAGCCAAUUUCCAGGAGGACGAGUCUACGACACUGGUUCGCGCUACUACAAUUGAGUUUUGACCCCAAAUAUUCAACUUGGAUUUUCAAAUGUUGAAAUUUCUUGACAUGAAAGCUACCUCAUUGUAACUUUUUUAUUACACUUGUUUGUGGAAAUUAACGUUUCUUGGUAGCUAAGAAUCAAAAUUUGGAGAGGCACACGUUUUUUAUUGUCAUAUGCAUGCACUGUCAAAGGUGAAUAUUGUGUCUCUAAAGCACCUUUGAGUUUGUAUGAUUCAUAAUAUAUUAAUGUACCUUGUAAUCAAAUGAUUAAAGAUUCAAUAACGUAUCAUUGCAAUUAUUCA